AGUUCCUCUUAUGUCUCGUCUGUUAUUUACUGCUGGGAAAGUUUACCGCCGGUGAAAAACUCUCGCCAACACGUAGACGGAACCGAGAACUGACCGCAGAGCUCCGCGGGCGGAGCGGGACCCAAAUUUACGGUGUUUUUAGGGAAGUAAAUCAGACUUUAUUGACUUAACUGUGGAGACCGUCUGCUGAUUCGUCUGCGGCGAUGUCGGCCCCGUGGUGGGAGGAGUGGCCCCUGCUGGUCAACAACGGAACCACGCCCGGGUUCUGGGACAACAGCACCUGCUACAACCCGUCGCAGAACACCGUCCUCUCCGGACUCGAAUUUGGAGGAGUUCCUGUUGUGCUGCUGCUCGACUUCAUCGUCUUCCUGGUGCUGGUGAUCAUCUUCUCCAUCAUCAGGAAGAAGUUCUGGGACUACGGGCGUUUGGCUCUGGUCGCCGACACCGAAGGGUUCACCGAGUCGACGCACCGGCGAUAUGGACGCAUGACAUCCAUUACGAACAGCGCAGACGACCACGACCACGAACGGGGAUUCUGCUCUUGGCUGCCGUACAUCCUCAGGAUGGACGAAGAAAAGAUGAAAUCCAGGUGUGGCAUAGACGCCAUCCACUACCUGUCCUUCCAGCGCCAUAUGAUCUACCUCCUGGGGAUCAUCACCGUCACCUCCCUGGGAAUCAUAAUGCCCGUCAACAUGACCGGAGACCUGCUCAGAAACAACACGCAGUACUUUGGACAGACGACUCUUGGGAAUCUUCCAGCAGAGAACGACCUGCUGUGGCUGCACACGGUGUUCGGGGUUCUUUACUUGAUCCUGACGGUCCUGCUGCUGCGACGUCACACGUCUCAAAUGAAGGACAUGCGCAGGGAGACGACCAGAAACACCUUGUUCGUGUGUUCGGUCCCUAAAACGGCGACGGACGAAGACGUAAAGACUCAUUUCACGGAGGCGUAUCCGAGCUGCCGGGUGUGUGCUGUGACUUUGGGCUACGACGUGGCCAAACUCAUGCACCUGGAUAAAGAAACACUGCGGCUCUUUAAGAACAGAUAAACGAAGGUUGCAUCGCUGUCCGGAGACAAAGACACCAUGUCAGCUGCUCUUCCUCAGGUGGAUGCCAUCGAGUUCUACAGCAGCAAAGAGAGGGAGCUGCUGGAGGAGAUGAGGAAGCAGACAGAAGUGGUGCCACAGCACCCUCUGGGGAUCGCCUUCGUCACCCUGCAGACCGAAGCCAUGGCCAAGUACAUUUUAAAAGACUUCAACGCGCUGGAGUGUGGCGGUACGAGCUGCUGCUGCUGCGGGAGGGAACCUCAGCCUUCGUCCAACAGCAAAGCUCUGAGGGUGAACAAGUGGCGGGUCAGCUUCGCGCCGCAUCCCAAAAAUGUGUACUGGGACAACCUCUCCGUUAGCGGGUUUUCCUGGUACUUGCGCUACGUGAUGCUAAACUUCUUCCUGUUCUUCCUGCUCACCUUCCUCACGACUCCCACCAUCAUCAUAAACACCAUCGACAGGUUCAACGUGACCAAGCCCAUCUACUAUCUCAAUAGUCCCAUCAUCAGUCAGUUCUUCCCAACACUGCUGCUGUGGUCCUUCUCUGCUCUGCUGCCCACUAUCGUGUAUUAUUCUACACUGGGAGAGGCUCACUGGAGCAGGUCCCGCGAGCAGCUGAGCAUGAUGCGGAAGUUGUACUUCUUCCUGCUCUUCAUGGUGCUCAUCCUCCCCUCGCUGGGACUCACCAGUCUCGCCGUGUUUUUCCGUUGGCUGUUUGACAAAACGUUUCUCGCCGAUGGGAAGCUGAGGUUUGAGUGUGUGUUUUUACCUGACCAAGGGGCUUUCUUCGUCAACUACGUGAUCGCAGCGGCCCUGGUGGGCUCUGGGAUGGAGUUGCUGCGGUUGCCAGGGUUACUGCUGUACACCAUUCGCAUGACGCUCGCUCGCUCCGCUGCAGAGAGAAAAUACGUCAAGCAGAACCAGGCCUACGAGUUUGAGUACGGAGCCAUGUACGGCUGGACCCUCUGCCAGAACAAUUCUAUUUUAGUUUAUUUCUACAUUUGUUUAUGGCUUUUUUUGUUGUUAUUUGGCUGAAACGUGAAAUGANCUCCUCCUCUUCCUCCUCCAGGGCUGCUGUACAUGGUGCUGAAGCACCUGGUGGACCGACACAACCUGUACUUCGCCUACCUGCCGGCUCGCCUGGACCACCAGGUCCACCUGGGAGCCGUCAACCAGGCUCUGGCUGCUCCCAUCAUCUGCCUCAUAUGGUUGUACUUCUUCUCUGUGCUCAGAGCAGGCUUCAUGAGGUCCACGUCUCUGUUCACGCUGGUGGUCCUGUGCGUCACCGUGUUCUUCUGCGUCGGCUACACCUGCUUCGGACACUUCAAGUACCUGAGUCCUCACAACUACGCCGUCAAAGACGAGGACGACGAUAAAGGAGAAGAAGGAGUGGAAGAAAACGCCACGGUUUACCUUCCCAGAGUGCUGAACCCUAAAUCUCCUGCCAGCGGCCUUCAGAAGUCCAAAUCUCAGCAGUCCUACGGCUCCACGGAGGAAACCCCGUCUCCUGAACCCCGUCUGCUGGAGGAGGACGCGUCAGAGGCUUGAAUUCGUCCUGAUUUUAUAAAAUCUGCUUC